AUGUCUUCCAACGUCCUCGCAGCCAAAGAUGUCAACACGUCGAUACCAGCAGCAAACUUCAGCCCUGACUUUGACGGCGCAAUCUCCAAGCCGGACGUUAAGAGCAUGGAGUACCACCGACAGGUCCUCCAGUCCAGGAUGGAGCAGGACGAGACCAAGCAAUACAUUUCGCCGUCAGACAACAUCAUGAGCCCUUGCACGGCCAAGCUGAGCGCGCUCCGUAACAAGCAGGUCGGAAAAGUCAAGCCCAAGUCGCUGUUCGCCCAGGCGUCGUCUAAGAAACUUGCGAGCGACAGCAUCAUCAUCGGCUCCAAGCAGGCCUAG